AAGAAAGAGAGCCUCGCGGACGGUAAAACUUUUUAAAGGUCCGUUAUCUGAGCACGAGGAACUAACAGACCAACCUAACACAGUUACCCCCCCCUUUCUGUUUAGUUGUGAUUUCCUUUUUUUUCUCCCGGUGACGGUAACGGCACGUGCUACCGGUUUCUGCCCGGAGAAAGAUAAAGACCUUGUUUUUGUUUUCUUUAUUCGAGAAGACAUUAGAGAUGUGGUUAUUCGGCGGCGGUGGACAACCGUAAACUCACCGGGAACACACGGAGUUAACGUCAACCGAACUGUCAGAGGAGUUUGUUGUUUUUUCCCCCUCCAGCGGCUUUAACGGAGAUUUCUACGUUUUAUUCGCCAGAUUUCAACAGUGGACCACACACCAGGCUCGUGACCAAAGCACCAUGUUGCAGUGGCUGAGCAAUAUCUUCUGGCAGGAGCGUCUCUGGUUUCCUGAAGGUUUAGGGUGGGCGGAUCUCGAAGACAGAGAUGGGCGUGUCUAUGCGAAAGCGCGGGACUUGUGGGUGGCCCUGCCCAUUGCCUUCGUCUUCCUCAUACUCCGUCAGAUCUUCGAGAGGACGGUUGGUACAUACCUGGCCUCGUUGCUGGGAAUCAAAGAAACCAUAAGAAGAAACGCAGCUCACAAUCCAGCACUCGAGACAUACUACAGACACUCCAGCAAAUACCUAGCACAGAAGUCUGUGGUGGAGUUGUGUAGGCAGAGCGGUUGUUCAGAGAAACAGCUGCAGCGUUGGUUCAGACGCAGACGAAACCAAGACAGACCCAUCCUGAUCAAGAAGUUCAGAGAGGCCAGUUGGAGGUUUGUGAUUUAUCUCUUUGCCUUUGUUGCUGGCCUGGGUGCUCUCAUUGAUAAACCAUGGCUGUAUGAUUUGGAAGAGAUGUGGAAGGGAUUCCCAACUCUGACAGUCUUACCCUCACAGUAUUGGUACUACAUGCUGGAGCUGGGAUUUUAUUCCUCUCUCCUCUUCAGCGUAGCUUCAGAUGUCAAACGCAAAGACUUUAAAGAGCAGAUCAUCCACCAUGUUGCCACCAUCACACUGAUCAGUUUCUCUUGGUGUAUGAACUACAUCCGUGCAGGAACACUUGUCAUGUUUCUGCACGAUUCCUCUGACUACUUACUGGAGUCAGCAAAGAUGUUUAACUAUGCAGGAUGGAGGAAUACGUGUAACUACAUCUUCAUUGUGUUUGCUCUGUUCUUCAUCGUCACCCGACUCAUCAUCUUCCCAUUCCGGAUCUUGUACUGUACGUGGGUGUAUCCUCUCACCAUCUACCCUCCGUUCUUCGGAUAUUACUUUUUUAACGGGCUUCUGCUAGUGCUGCAGUCUUUACACGUAUUCUGGGCCGCACUCAUCAUCCGCAUGGCGCUGCGCUUCCUGCCCCGCAACGAGAUCGUGGAAGACGAGAGGAGCGACAGAGACGAGACGGACGACUCAGAGGAGGAGGACGAGGAGAGGAAUGGCAAGAUAAAGAAGCAUGGAACGAUAAGGAACGGCUACACAACACACAACAACAACCACCGCAACCAUCACAAAACACACUGAUAAAGAAACUGACACACACACACACACACAUUACCAUGUGAGUAUGCUACUCUGUUACAGACACUGCUAACCGCUAGCUCACCUCCAGGCCCAGAGAAGAGCCUCUGGGAUUUGCCGAUCAUGUCAUGAGGUCACAUGACCAUCAUUUUGGUGCUUCCUUUUGUUUUUUCUUUGUUUUUUUUUUGUUGUUUCUGUAACAACACCAAAUUUAGGUCUAGGUGUAAAAUAUGGGUUUUAUUUGACAAGCCAUUAGCUAAGUAGCUAAUUCAUUUGCUAGAUCUGGACUAAUGGAGUUGAUUAAAAGAAAACAUUCACGCUUAAUAAAUCCAAGUCGAUGACAAGACACUAAUUUUCAGGGAACGUGUGACUCUUCAGUAGUCCCCUAGCUAGGGAUCUGAGGCUCUAAUAUGGAUUUGGUGCAUUACUGUAUGCAUAAUGAUACCAAAGUGCCAGAAAGAGAGAUAUCUGAGGAGAGAGAGAGAGAGAGAGAGAGAGAGGGUGGGGGGUGGGAUAGACUGCAGUACGGUCUUUAGUUUACUGACUCGUGCCUUAUAUGUCCUUCCUGUCCUCGUCUGUCCGUCAUUGCUCUGUUUCUGUUUAAUUUUAACACCAAAUCUGUCUCGCUGUCGCACAGCAGUCACGUUAAAAUCAAAAUCUUCAUGUGAAUCUACACAGCUGCUUGUGUAUGUGUGUAAAUAAUAA